UUGAACUUCAACGGUACUCCAUUAUAGCAUCAGAAAAAUCUCCUCCAAAAUCCUAUUCUCGCGUGCUUCCCGCCAAAAAAGAGAGACGAUGAAAGGUCACCGGCGACGAUUUCUGGCGCCGACUUCAUCUCCAACUCCUUCUCCGUCAAUCGGCGAUCUCCGUGUUAGGUUCUCGCGGAUCGUUUCUCAUCAUGAGCAACUCAAACUCGCCUUCAAUCAGCUCGAUUUUCAGAUCCGAACUGGCUUGCAGGAAGCGGCAGACGUCUUUGAAUCGUUAGCUAAUCCGCUGAUGAAGCUCGUAGGACUGAAGACUGUUGAAAUGGCUGAGGAAGGAAAAUUUAGUACCGUUGUCGUCGAUUAUAAUCAUUUUUUUGCCGAUGACUUUAAGAGAAACGAGAAUGGAGCUGAAACGAUGGUGAGAAACGAAGCUAGCGAAAUUGAGGAAGAAGGCUAUAUAAAUAGAGCCAAAACAGUUGGCAAGGAGCUAAUUCAGAAACAAGAGAUGCAGCUAAAACAUUUGAUCCAUCUGCUAAGACAAGUUGAAGCACAAGUAAAUUCAAGCCAAACCAACAUUCUUCAGACCCUUAGUGACCAUCAAACUUCCAUACAUAAUGUUUUCAAGAAAGCUGUGGCAUAUGUUUCUGCCAUUCACCAGAGAGGCGAACACGAUAGCACUUCUGUGAUCACAAUUCAACUUCUGAAACACAUAUUUCGUCUCAUUGUUUCUACACUGAGCUCGGUAGAGUCUGGAGUGGACAACCUAGUGGACGAGCUAGCUAGAAAAAUGUGUAGUCCAAUGGUCGACUAUGUGAAGGGUCUUAAGCUCGAAAUCAGAUCAGGAAGAUGCCAUCACCUAUUGAGCAUAGUCGAAGAGAUGGGAGGAGCAAUGAGAACAGGGAGGAUCGAGUUGGAGGAAGUGAGGAAGAAAGCAAGAGUAGCAGAACAUAAUAGACUUGAUGCAUUGUACAAGUUGAAGAAAUUAGAAGAAAUGGCAAGGAAGCACCAGUUCCUCUUGGAAGCCAAGAACGGAUCAAAGGAACAAUUUGAGCAUGAGAAGGACCAGGAUCAUGCUAAAGAGGACAACCUACUGUGGGAGCUGCUAAAAAAGAAGAGAAAAUUAUGCAUGGGAAAUGGGAGCAGUAAGCCGUGUGGCCUUGCACUGAGCCAGUUGAGUCCACAAACCCCAUGCUUGGUUCCCUCCUCUUCACCUACGUACAGUUCAAAUGGGCACCAUUUGCUACCCAAGAUACCCCUGGGUUCCUCACCUUCAGUGACAUAUCCGCAACGUAAACCUCAGAAGAAGAUAACCUCCGGAUUUCGUACUUAAAAUUUUAGCGUAUGGCAAGCAGGUUUCUUGCUGAUAGGUGGGAGUUGGAGCAAUUUGGCUGUGGCUUGGUUUUGGUAACUAUACUUUGAUAACCUCUUUUACUUUUACUGCAGAGCUUCAUUAGUGUGCAAUUCUUGCAUUUUGUUAUUCCAUCAUGUUGACAGUAUAAAAGUAAACUUCAGUUUGCGUUCACUGAUUAAAUUUUCCAAACCAUGAAAUAUCCUCUGUUGUACGUAUGAAUUCACUGCAAUGUCCCAAUUUCAAUAUUAUAUGAGUAAGAGAAACAUAGGUAUUAUCCCCUUUUUUUUACUUUAAGUUUUGUUAUGCUCCUGUUUGUGAAAGCAUAUGGUACGUAUUCAUUUGGAUAAUGUACCUCAGUGUGUAGUGCUGUUGACGUAAUGAACUCUAGCCGGAAGCCCAAAUUCAAACCAGCUGAUCGAGGCCCAUUAUAGUGUAGUAGCAUGUCUUAUUUAUGUACCAAUAUAUUAGAGAGCCCAAUGUAA